CUUACACUCCUGGGCUCAAGCGAUUCACCUACCUCAGCCUCCUUGUAAGUGCUGUAAUUACAGGCAUGAGCCACUGUACCCAGCCUCGAUAGUCUUUUUUGAAUUUGGGGAAAUAUCUACAUUUGAAUAUGCUACCUCAACCUGUUUACAGAGUAACGCUUAAGGCUGCCUGUUUUUAAUGAUGGUCAGAAUAGAAGAAGGCUCUGCAGCAAGCCCAGCAGUACAGGCUAUGCUACCACUUCAGCUUUACGAUCUAGCAAGCUCAAUGACUCUCUUGGUAUCUGUGGCAAAGAGUAAUGCUCUGUGGAGUUUCUGGAAAGUGCUGAUAGCAGAAUCACAAUGUGGACAUCUAGGAUUUUGAAGUAAAUAUGUUCUUCAGAUAACUUUACUUUUUGAUAAAUAGCUUCUGACUUGCUACUAGUUAGAUGCUGAAUGCAUAAUUAUGGAGUGUCAGGUUACUAUGUGGACCAAGUUUCCCAUCAUUAUCUGGGAAAAAUCUAACCCAUCUUGCCAUAAGGUUGGCAGUGUACAACAGCAGUAUAUCAUUGAAUGGAAACAGUACACAAGACAGAACCAGAGCAGAUCUGGAUAGUAUAGAUAAGUUGCAUGAACCAGGGACUCAGACUUCUUUGAUAGCAACCCCAAUGGCAUUGCCUCGUCUCUUUCAACUUAUGCCUGUAACUUCUUGGUGAUUCCCUUAGUCCCUUAGGAAAAAAAAAUCAAACCCCCAAACCGGAUUUACAGAUGAAUCUGAACAAUACACUAGUACUACCCAAGAGUAGACCUGUAUAGCACUAUGACCCUACCCAUGAGUAAUUGUGAAGGAUACUGGAUGAGGAAAAUUCUUCCUGUAGGUAGAGAUUUGAACAGUAAAUGUGGUUGUCCAUUAUGUUGGGAAUGAGACAUGCCUAGAAGUACAGAUCUAUAUUGGUCAUCGUCAGAGCUUUGGAGGGAACAGGAUUGGAAGAUUGGUGACGAGGCAGUUAGUUUGAGGAAGAGGUAUGUGAAUGAAACUUUCAAUAUGAAAAGACCUUGAAAAAACUUGUAUUUCAUCUGAGUGUAUUUUACAAAAGCACAUCCAUUGCAGAGGAUGCUUUUAAUAGUCAACUGGACAGAAUGACACAUUAUGGAUGUCAGCCAGCCUCUCUCUCCAGCUGUCUCAGUGUUUGCCCAAUGGGCCCAUGAACAGGGAUCUUGGUGGCAAGACUGGAGCUGUGUAUGCCUGGGCUCAGCAACAUGGCUUCCCCUUCUAAAGUUGACUGGGAUAGCACUGCUGCUGAGUUCUUAAUCUGCAGAGACCAGUAUUGAACCCCUGCGGUGAUCAACCGGCCUCUGGGUGGCAGGUUCAUUACACUGGAUUUCUUCCUUCAUUGUCUAUUCACUAGAAUAUACAAAUAUUCUGGAUAUGGAUUUGCCCUUCCUUGACAUCACCAACAUCUGUGGACUCCUGGAAUGCUUAAUGGCAGGGUGAAUACAGAGUAGUAGGUAGUGUAAGAAAGAAGUUAUACAUAUUCAUUAUGGCCUCACAGCCAAUUAGAUAGGUGAGGAUUAUUGUAGGUUUGCACAUUUUUUCUUUUUAAUUUUUUUUCAAUCAGCUUUCCUGAGUUCAAUGCACAUUUCUUUCUUUGCCUCUUAUAUCCAAGUGUUUAUUUGUAUAUAUUAACAAUUUUCUUCUCUCAUUUCAAUUAAAAAAUGUUAAAUAUAAGCUGUUGGAGAUCAACUUUACAAUUUAGUCUUUAGGUAACAGAAUAUUUAGUGGGACUGUGACAGAAUUUAAGGAGUAACUCAGAGUCAUAGCAAUGGCUACAAUGGGUGUUAGGUCUCGUUUUUGAAGAGAAAAAACUCUUCACUUAUAAAGAAGGACACUUAGACUUUGUUAGCUGAAAUAUAGAAUUGUUAUUGUACAGGAGUUUAAGUGUGUGGGAGAGUGGUGCAUGUGGAAGCUGAGUAAUCAAAAGUGUAGCCUUUGCUGCUUAUCAGUUUAUUGUCUCUUAGUUCCAAAUUUGCUGUAUUAGCCUGUUCUGUAAUAAUGGGGCUGGGCCUUGUAAAUAUUUUUCUGCUGACUCAUGUAAUGUUAAGCUUUGCCAGUAGAGGGCACUGGAGGGACACUGAAGUGGCUGAGGCUUCUCUUUCUGGUGUCUGUGAUGCUCACUGGCUAAGCAUCCUCUGAGCACAGUUCUGAGCAGUUUUCCUCCACUCCUCACUCCCCAAUAUGAUUUUCUCCACUAUUAGGUACCUGCAGAACAUAGCUUUCUCUAGAGUUGAUGUCCGCCAAACACUGCACUUUCUUUAGAGCUUGAUUCGGGCAACAGUGGUGUACCCUUGCUCCACAGACACCAUGGACCUGCUCUAUCGUCCAAGUCACUGCUCCCCAAACUAUCUCUUCAGAUCUAUACAUGCCAAUUGGGGGCCCCACAGGACUGAGUGUCUAGGGAGCUGGCUGCCCAACCUUUGUCCAGGCAGCCAGCCCAGAGCCAUUGUUGCCUGUGUGGCACAUGAAAGUGCACUAAACUCCUGCAGGGGACAACCUCUGAGAUUCCAGGUUCCAUUAGCAGCCAGCAGUUUUCCUCAGCACCGAGCUAGUUCUAGGGUUUUACCCCCAGAUGUGAAUGGCCUUUUCUGGAACUUCAGGAGCAGAUUUCUGGUAAAUCCCAUGAAUUAAGUACUUCUAUGACUUUUCUUCCAUGCAGUCAAAGCUAGGGCAUCUCCACAGAUAUUUCUGGAUUCAGCCCUGUGAGAGGAGAGCUCUUCUUUGAAUGCUUAUUUCAGCCCUAGUGGGAGUGGUUGCUCCUGAUACUCUAUCUACAACUCCUGUAUUCUUUAGAAUUCUCCUUAACUCCCACUAGGCAAUUCCUUCUUACUUCAAUCUUCUCUUAAUACUAGAUUGUAUUAAACUUUCUCUUUUCAAAUUACUGUAUGGUUUCUAUCUCCUUACUAAUCCAAAAGCCACCAAUUAUGUUUACAAGGUAAAUCAAUGGACAGAUAUUUUAAAAUGCGGUGUCUCUGCCUGGGGGUGGUGGGGUGGGGGAUAACAGUUACAUGAAUAAUCUCUGGAUCCACCUAAAUUACUCCUUAGAAUUCGUCUACUCUGUAGCAUGCCCAUAAAUAAUCAAUAUGUAUCUUUCAUAUGUAAUAUAAAAGUCAUUUACAGGUGCAGAUGUGGCAGGAAAGAGCAUGUGAGCCCCUGGGUUUGUGACUCCAUUGACAGGUAUGGCCAUUUAAAGAUACCUUCUUAGCAAAUCUAUGAUAAAAAAUAUAAGUAACGGAAGAAAUCGUAACUAUUAUUUGUCAAGUGACAAGCAUUUAAUGUCAGAAUGGCUCACCUAAAGCGACUAGUAAAAUUACACAUUAAGAGACAUUACCAUAAAACGUUCUGGAAGCUUGGUGCAGUAAUUUUUUUCUUUAUAAUAGUUUUGGUUUUAAUGCAAAGAGAAGUAAGUGUUCAAUAUUCCAAAGAGGAAUCAAGGAUGGAAAGAAACAUGAAAAGCAAAAAUAAGAUGUUGGAUUUAAUGUUAGAAGCUGUAAACAAUAUUAAGGAUGCAAUGCCAAAAAUGCAAAUAGGAGCACCUGUCAGGCAAAACAUUGAUGUUGGUGAGAGACCCUGUUUGCAAGGAUAUUAUACAGCAGCAGAAUUGAAGCCUGUUCUUGACCGUCCACCUCAGGAUUCAAAUGCACCUGGUGCUUCUGGUAAAGCAUUCAAGACAACCAAUUUAAGUAUUGAAGAACAAAAGGAAAAGGAACGUGGGGAAGCUAAACACUGCUUUAAUGCUUUUGCAAGUGACAGGAUUUCUUUGCACCGAGAUCUUGGACCAGACACUCGACCUCCUGAAUGUAUUGAACAAAAAUUUAAGCGCUGCCCUCCCCUGCCCACCACCAGUGUCAUAAUAGUUUUUCAUAAUGAAGCAUGGUCCACAUUGCUUAGAACUGUCCACAGUGUGCUCUACUCUUCACCUGCAGUACUGCUGAAGGAAAUCAUUUUGGUGGAUGAUGCUAGUGUAGAUGAGUACUUACAUGAUAAACUAGAUGAAUAUGUAAAACAGUUUUCUAUAGUAAAAAUAGUCAGACAAAGAGAAAGAAAAGGUCUGAUCACUGCUCGGUUGCUAGGAGCAUCAGUCGCAACAGCUGAAACGCUCACAUUUUUAGAUGCUCACUGUGAGUGUUUCUAUGGUUGGUUAGAACCUUUGUUGGCCAGAAUAGCUGAGAACUACACUGCUGUCGUGAGUCCAGAUAUUGCAUCCAUAGAUCUGAAUACUUUUGAAUUCAACAAACCUUCUCCUUAUGGAAGUCACCACAACCGUGGAAAUUUUGACUGGAGUCUUUCAUUUGGCUGGGAAUCACUUCCUGAUCAUGAGAAGCAAAGAAGGAAAGAUGAAACCUACCCAAUUAAAACACCUACUUUUGCAGGAGGACUUUUUUCCAUAUCAAAAGAAUAUUUUGAGUAUAUUGGAAGCUAUGAUGAAGAAAUGGAAAUCUGGGGAGGUGAAAAUAUAGAAAUGUCUUUCAGAGUAUGGCAAUGUGGUGGGCAGUUGGAGAUUAUGCCUUGCUCUGUUGUUGGACAUGUUUUUCGCAGCAAAAGCCCUCAUAGCUUUCCAAAAGGCACUCAGGUGAUUGCUAGAAACCAAGUUCGCCUUGCAGAAGUCUGGAUGGAUGAAUACAAGGAAAUAUUUUAUAGGAGAAAUACAGAUGCAGCAAAAAUUGUUAAACAAAAAGCAUUUGGUGAUCUUUCAAAAAGGUUUGAAAUAAAACACCGCCUUCAGUGUAAAAAUUUUACAUGGUAUCUGAACAAUAUUUAUCCUGAGGUGUAUGUACCAGACCUUAAUCCUGUUAUAUCUGGAUAUAUUAAAAGCGUUGGUCAGCCUCUAUGUCUGGAUGUUGGAGAAAACAAUCAAGGAGGCAAACCGUUAAUUAUGUAUACAUGUCACGGACUUGGGGGAAACCAGUACUUUGAAUACUCUGCUCAACAUGAAAUUCGGCACAACAUCCAGAAGGAAUUAUGUCUUCAUGCUGCUCAAGGUCUUGUUCAGCUGAAGGCAUGUACCUACAAAGGUCACAAGACAGUUGCCACUGGAGAGCAGAUUUGGGAGAUCCAGAAGGAUCAACUUCUAUAUAAUCCAUUCUUAAAAAUGUGCCUUUCAGCAAAUGGAGAGCAUCCAAAUUUAGUGUCAUGCAACCCGUCAGAUUCACUCCAAAAAUGGAUAUUUAGCCAAAAUGAUUAAGUGUUCCUUAAGAUUAAGGAGUUGAAAAAGGAGAUAUUCUUUCUCAUAAAACUGUGACUAGGCAUACACUGUAGUUUUGAAAAUUAUGCAAAAGCAGCUAAUUGUAACUUAUUCCAAGUGCAUUUUUCUUAUUUAUAUCUUAAAAUAUCUAUGUAGCACUACUACAGAAAUUCUGCAAGUUUCUGUUUCAAAGCACAAUAACUAGUAAUACCAAAGACUAUUUCAAAAUGUCCAGAUGUAGAGGAAGAGAUGUUUACAGUAUGAUGAAAAUAUUUUUCCAAGUAAAGUGGUGUUUGUGUGUUUUGUACACUUAGGGAUAUGUAUAACUACAUUCACACACUCACAAUUUAAAAUAUUUCCCCUAGAUGUUUUGGGGGGGAUAGAAAGAAAGAUUUGUUACUGUAUUUUUUUAACUACAUAGAAGUGGAUAAAUAAAGGUCAACUUUGGCCUCUAUGUAUAAACCAAGAAGUUUUUACAGAUCUAGAAUUUAUUAUUUUAAAAUGCAGGUGAACUUUUUUUGCCUUUGGUUUACUUGUCUGUCAAAUGUUUCCUUAAACAUGAAACUGAAUAAGGAGAGGAAUAUUUUUAACACUUAAAUUUCUUGGCAAAUUUUAAAAUAUUUUUUAGUCUGCAGCUCACUCCACUUGAAGCACUUAAGUCUUCCUUAAAUGACUUUUCUUCAGUAACUAUACUGUGUGUUUUCCCAAAGCACUUUUUAAAAAAAAAUUUAUAAAGUACUAUCUGUUGAAAACGUGUCAUUUUCCUUUCUGCUAGUAUUUCUUUUCUUACCAAAAUCCACUAAUCUUGAAUGUUUGUGACAAAUGCAGAAUACUUGACUCAUUUAAAGCUAAAUUUUAUUACUGAAUCAAUUUUAAUUAUAAUGGAUUUUUGACCUUGUAAUGGAUUCUUUUCAUCAAAUAAAGUCUUAUUUUUAUGUGGAAAACACAAUAAAAAAUCCUCAACACUAUUGUAAUCA